CAUGCAGGGAAGAUCUACUGCAGGACGCUUAUGAUGUCUUCUUUCAAACGUAAAACACUGUCGGGUAGGGCUAACCUACCCCAAGGCACUCGCCUGUCUCCAUUUUCCACUUCUACCGUAAUAACUUCAACCGGGAUACCUUCGCUUGAUGAUAUUCUCGGUGGGGGACUACCUUUGUCUUGCUCUCUCGCUGUCCUUGCUCCUGAUCAUCACUCGGCAUACGGAGAACUGGUGCAGAAGUAUUUCGUAGCCCAAGGUCUUGCCUCUGGUCAGAAAGUCUGCAUCGUCCAUGACGAACCCCUGAGAUUUGCAAGGGAGGGCAUCUGGAUGGCCGGGAAUACUUCAUCGACGCCAGCACAAGCCAGUACAGCUGAGGAUGCGGACGAUGAGAAGGCGAGUCAGCAUGAUGAUAAGAUCAAGAUUGCCUGGCGUUAUGAGCAGAUGAAGAAGUUCCAGACAACAGUCUCGUCUAACUCUCUUAGUGACGAUCUCUGCAUGUCAUUUGAUUUGACUUGUAGGAUCCCCGCUACAGCCCUUGAUGCUGCACGACAAUCCGCCCGACUGAUUCCGAUUGAUGUUGAUAUAUUUGAGGAUGGUACGGGAGUAAUCAAACAGAUCGAGGAGCUACUGUCGAACGGCACAGAUGGACACGCUGUUCGAAUAUGUAUCCCUGCUUUAGGAUCGCCCCACUGGGGCGACAUGCAACCACCAACUGUGUUGACCUUGCUGCACUCGCUUCGAAGGCUUCUGCAUCGACAUCCAAAUGCUUGCGCUUCGCUAUCUCUCGCUCCUCAUAUGUGUACGGAUACAUGGGGAGGACCGGGGUGGGUUCAAAAAGUGGGGUGGCUAACUGAUGCAGCAAUCUCGAUGUCGGCAUUUGGUGCUAACCCAUCACUAUCUUCUCUUUUCCCUUCCCAUCACGGCAUCGUUCAAAUUUUGACGCUUCCGGCCCCCCAUACCAUUCUCCCAGCCAGUGAUAAAUAUUCCACUCUCCGCGGGCUGUCAUCGGCUGCAGGGUCGAUGGGCGGAAGCGGAGAAAAUAACCUUGCUUUCAAGUGUAUGCGCAAACGUCUUAUCUUUGAGACCCUACAUCUGGACUUGGAAGGUGGUGUGACUGAGCGGCGAACGACACCUUCCUCGAAUGCUAUGGCAUUGGAUGGUAACAUGGUGCAUGAAACAAUGCCCGCUGCUGUUCUGGCGACUGAAGGCAGAAAGGGGUCACUUGCGACUGUGGAGAUUGCAUUUGAACGUUCUAAGGAGGUAGUGUCCGAUAGUCCUACGAGUCGGGCUAUACCCGAUGCUGACGACUCCCUUGUUCCUGCAAAGCCAAAGAAGCCAAAGAAAAAGGUAGCGUUCCGUUCUGAGCGUCCUGAUUUGUACGAUUUUUGAAGGCAAUUUAUCUCCGUUACCCUGCACUGCUGAAGAAUAAGCAUCUGGAAGUUUUUUUUAUAUUCGAGGGAAAGCCCUCCCGGUACACAUGGGUUGCAUGGCGAUGACUACGGUACCGUAUGCCCCGUUGUGGGAUUGACCUGUAAAUGGAAAAAGUGAGUGUUACUCAUGAAGCCAGGGUGUGCAACGAUUGUCAACUUAUCUGGAAUAUUGGCCCUCGUUACGUUGGAGGAGUGGAGAGUAGACAGCUGUAAGCAUUUGAUGUCGGAGAUACAAGUCACUAGGACUGGGUCCAGCAUAAUUGAAUAACCAUGAGCUGACGUGUGAAAUCUAGAAAAUUAGAUUCGGAGAGCUUUCACCCUUGAACAGCUGUGUGAUGUAACCAUGUCGCGGUGAUGGAGAUAUGAUGAAUGCA